AUGGAGGAUCCUCCCACUUUACAUGCCAAUGGCGACCAGGAGAAGACUCUCGGAGAUGUGCCCGUGGGCGAAACUGUCUACCGCUCCUCGUCCAGCCAGGAAGAUGAGGCUGAGAACCAGGUCCAGGAGAACACGACAGCAACUGGAAGUCCAAUGUCUGGAUGGCGCCGGAUUGUCAUAGCCAUCGCGAUCAAUACCGGAAGUUUCCUUUAUGGACUGGAUAACACCAUUGUCGCCGAUAUCCAGGGUGCUGUCGUUGAGAGGUUCGAUGCAAUCGAGCAGCUUAGUUGGCUGGGCAGUGGUUUCCCUCUUGGGUCCAUCGCCCUGCUCCUGUCUGUUGGAAAGGCUUAUGGCUUGUGGGACAUCAAAUGGCUCUGGGUGUCAAGCAUCAUUGUCUUUCAGAUCGGCAGCGCCAUCUGCGGAGCUGCUCCAAAUAUGAAUGCCCUCAUUAUCGGUCGUGUGAUUGCUGGAGCUGGUGGUGCCGGAAUGUAUUUAGGUGGCCUUAAUCUUACCGCGGUACUUACGACACUCGAAGAACGACCAAUCUACAUGGCAAUCAAUGGAAUGGUCUGGGGUGUGGGAACCAUCCUUGGACCUGUCAUUGGUGGUGCAUUUGUUCAAAGCUCUGCCACCUGGCGCUGGGCAUUUUACCUUAACCUGGUCAUCGGAGCUGUCUUUGCUCCCGUCUACCUCUUCAUUGUGCCCGGCGUCCAGCCGGAUCCGUCUCGAUCAUAUGUCCAGAAACUGGCUGCCAUGGACUGGCUAGGUACACUACUCUUCGCAGCCAUCUAUGUAACAUGGAUUAUGGCACUCACCUUUGGAGGUGUCUCCUGGGCCUGGGGCGACGGACGAACCAUCGCAUGCUUCGUCGUCUGCGGAGUCACGCUGAUCACCUUCUGCGUGACACAGCGCUUCUCUACCCUUACCAGCAAAGACAUGCGCAUUUUCCCCGUGGAGCUGCUGAAGAACCGCACCACAGUCCUCCUGCACAUCCUGACUGCGUCCUGUGGAGCCGCCAUGUUCGUCCCACUGUAUUACAUUCCUCUCUUCUUCCAAUUCAGAGGCGACGAUGCGAUCGAGUCGGCUGUUCGACUCCUGCCAUUUGUCUUCCUUCUCGUCUUCUUCAUGCUCCUCAACGGCGCAAUGAUGCCUAAAUUCGGGUAUUACAUGCCUUGGUACCUGUUCAGCGGAGUCACCAUCCUCAUCGGUGGAGCUCUGAUGUCAACUGUGAAAUUGACAACCUCAACAUCUGCGAUUUACGGAUACAGUGUCCUGAUCGCGGUCGGAGCCGGAGCAACCUCGCAAGCUGGAUAUUCGAUUGCCCCAGCGAAAGUUGAGGGCCGUCUUAUCGCCGGCGCAAUUGCCUUUAUCAAUAUCGCCCAGAUUGGUGCCAUCGUCAUUGCCCUGACCAUUUCCGGAACUCUUUUCCAGAAUCUUACCUAUAAUCGAUUGGUUGGGCCUUUGAGUGCGGCUGGACUUGGAUCUGAGGAUAUUCACGAGACGCUUUCUGGAUCGAUCAGUACUGUCUACAAUAACUUGUCUGAGGAGCUGCAGAGUGUGGUGAAUCAUGCAAUCGUUCAUUCUAUUGGUGACCUGUACUAUUUGGUUGUGGCGGCCGGAGCGGUCAUGAUCGUGGCCUCUGCUUUCUUGAAGCGUGAGAAGAUCCACAUGACUCUGGAAGCUGGAGGUUAA